ACAGUGGAUGUUGAGAUUUGUCUUCUACUUGAGCUCUGGAAAGAAUGUAAUGUAAUGUAAUCUGAGGUGGUUUCUGAGGCUGGUAACUCUGAUGUAUUUAUCCUCUGCAACAGUGGUAACUCUUGCUCUUCCUUUCCCGGGGGGGUCAUGAGAGCCAGUUUCAUAUAGUGUUCGAUGGUUUUUGCGACAGCAAAGUUCAAAGUUCUUGAAAUGUUACAGAUUGACUGACCUUAAUUUCUAGGAGGGUAAUGAUGAACGGUCGUUUCUCUUGACUGAGUUGAGUGGUCUUGCCAUAUUAUGGAUUACAACAGUAGUCAAAUAGGGCUCUCCACUGUGCACUAACCCAACCUCUGCACAACACAACUGAUGGUCUCAAGCACAUUAAGAAGGCAAGUAAUUCCACAAAUUGACUCUUGACAAGGCACACGUGUUAAUUGAAAACCAUUCCAGGUGACAACCUCAUGAAGCUGACUGAGAGAAGCCAAGAGUUUGCAAAGCUGUCAUCAAGGCAAAAGGGGGCUACUUUGAAGAAUAUCAAAUAUAAAUCAUAUUCUGGAUUGUUUAACACUUUUUUGUUUACUAUCACAUCUUUCAUAGUUUUGAUGUCUUCGGUAUUAAUUAAUGUAAAAACGAAUUGGUGUGAGAAGGUGUAUCUUUUGACUGGUACUGUAAACCUAUACAGUAGUAUAAAACUACAGGAAAGGGAAAACACCCAAAGCAGAAUAGUGCCCCCUUACCUAAUAUUGUGGGUUUUACAAAUGAAAUGUGAAAUUCAAUAUUAUCAUUAUUUUAAAAACUAACUCACAUAUUAUUCAAAAUGUGUAUGUGCUUGUCACUUUCUGUGUCUACUGUUUACAUUUUAUUAAAUGCCGGAGAUAUAGUAACAUGUUUUGUACUGAAUAUGUAACGUUUAAAAAAAUUUAAAAAAGUAUUUGGGUAAGAAUGGUCAUGCAUCUACAUUGAAAUGUACAAGCACACACACUGUACUGUAGUAACAUUUUCAAUUAUUUAUGCACUGUCGUAGAUAGAAUCAAAGAAGAUGACUUUUGAAAUACAAAGGCAAAAUUAAAACGUUUUUGAAAAGGCAGUAUAUUAUUUAUCCAGUAGUAGGCGGUAAUGCAAUGCUCGGAUGCCUCUAAAAAUCCCAAAAGAAGAAGAAGAAGGAAAUGGAUGCAGCCAAUGGCUAGGUUCGGGAGAAAAGGGCGGAGGUUUAAAUCUCUGAGUUCAGGACCAUGAUAGGCAGUGGUCGUUUGGCAGGAGACUACGUGCAUCGGUGAUUGUAUUGUGCAUCAAGGGUUUAAAAAUGGGGAAAACGAAAAACUUCGUAGCAAAACUGAAGAAACAAGCACGAAAAGCACGCUGGGAGUUAAAAUAUGAAGACGUGUGCUCUGAGGAACCUGAGCCCAAUAAAAGAUUCUUCACGAGGGCUGUGGUCAAUGGUCAAUCCUUUUCCAUUUGUGUGGGAAAUAACCCAAUGGAAGCCAAGCAGAAUGUAGCUAAAAGUGCCCUGAGAGGUUUGAGAGAGAAGGAGAAUCCCAAAUCAGUGACAGAAAAAGCUGCAAAAGUUCCUCAGAAAACGGCCACUAAAGUUUUAGGCGUGCUAAAUGAAAAUGUUCCGAAGGACAGGGUGAAUAGAAAAGCUGGGCAAUCAACCAGACGGGAACCACAUGAUGCUCCCCAAUGCUCUAGCUUUGUGGUUGGUGAUAAGGAGCAUCCAGCUGUUCCUGGAAAACCAAUGAAGGAAGCUAAGGAGGAAGCAGCCAAGUUGGAAAGAUAUGCAACCUUUUUCAGUAGAACUACAGAGAUCUCCUCCGGGAAUGAUGACGUUGCUGCAGCCAGACCACCAACUACACUGGACUCCUGUGAUGCAAAAUCAAAAAGCGUGCCAAUGAUUGACUUCACCAAUUCAUCAAGACCUACCGAGGAUGAGGAACAAGAUCCUGUUGUGAGGCCCAAAACACGGUUUACAUCAGACUUUGACUGCAUAGAGAAUAUGGGCGAAGGAACCUAUGGUCAAGUUUUUAAGGCAAUAGAAAAACUGACUGGGAAGAAUCAUGCAAUAAAAAUUGUACAAUGUGGAGAUAUUGAAAAAGCUCUGCCAGAGGUGAAGACAUUGAUAAAACUCCAUCACGAUAACAUUGUGCGAUACUUCACCUGUUGGUUGGAGGAUUCAGGAUACAGUCCAGAUGAGAGUGGCAGCUCUACACAGUGUUCUAUCAAUCCAUCGAUAAGGUACUUAUAUAUUCAGCUGGAGUUGUGUGAUUACACACUCAGAGUGUGGAUAGACGAGAAGAAUGAGGAGAAAUCUCUGCGAGACUCCAAGAGAAGAGAAGAGGCUCUAACUAAGUUUCAGCAAAUAGUCAGAGGAGUCGAGUACAUUCACUCUAAGAUGCUCAUCCACAGGGACCUGAAGCCUGCCAACAUCAUGAUUGGGCAAGAUGGACAAGUGAAGAUCGUAGACUUUGGUAUGGUCACAUAUGACAACGAUGCUGAGAACCUGAGGAAGAGAUUGAUGUACAAAGGAACUCGUUCAUACAUGGCUCCUGAGCAGAAACGGCAAAAGACUUAUGACCGAAAAGUUGAUAUCUUUCCUUUGGGGUUGAUAUACUUUGAACUCCUCUGGAAAAUGCCCACGGGUCAUGAAAGGGCCGUGGUUCUGACCGACCUCAGAGAGCAGACAUUUCCCAAAGAGUUUCAACACAAUUUCUACCAUGAGUACUUAGUAAUAAAGCCAAUGCUGUGUGAGAAGCCAGAACAGCGACCUGAAGCAAGUCAGCUCGACGCAGACUUGAAAGAGAUCUCCGAUAGCUUAGACAUUGAAGAAAUGCAACGUUGUGGAAGCAGGAGUAUCUGAUCCUAUGAUCCUGUUGCCACACUGCCUCCCUAACUUCCAGAAUGACACCUCCCCCCCCCCCCCCCCCCCCCCC